AUGCACCUGCUGGCUGCGGCGACGAUGUUCACGUCAAUGACCCUGGUAGCCAGUCAUGGGCGUCUGAUGGAUCCCCCGGCUAGAAACAGCAUGUGGAGGCUGGGGUUCAAUAACCCCGUCAACUAUAAUGAUAAUGAGCUGUAUUGUGGGGGCAGAGUGACGCAAUGGGCCAGAAACAAAGGGAAAUGUGGCGUCUGUGGGGACCCAUACCACAACGUCAUCAAGGACCAUGAAGUUGGGGGAAAGUACGCGAACGGAAUCAUCUCAAGAGAGUACACUCAAGGAGGCACCAUUGAGAUCAUUGUUCACAUCACAGCCAACCACAAGGGUUACUUCGAAUUUCGAAUUUGCCCCGUCGAAGAUCCCAAAGUGGAGGUCACGCAGGAAUGUCUGGACACACAUUUGAUGACCUUGGCAGGCGGAGAAGGGUCAAGAUUUUUUCUUCCGGAGGGAAAGUCAAACCAGUUUUUUAAUGUUUCGGUGAAACUUCCUGAAGAUGUCACGUGCAAACAAUGCGUUGUCCAAUGGAAAUACAGAACAGGUUAG